CAACCACUGAGAGGAGAAAUAGUGGAAAAGAUAGGCUAAUGUAGGCUACUGUAAAUAUCAAACUAUACUUGGCCGGCCAGUGUUUAGUGGGGACUAGGGAAUGGUUAUCAGCGCGCCUGGAAACGAUGCAACUUUAUAAUGUGCAGUAGUAGCUUUCAAAGUUUAGAGGUCAAGUUUACAGAAGAGAAGCUUGGACGUUGUAAACGCAGAAGACCGUCAUGAUGACGAAUGAGAAUCUGCGGCAGAAACAAUGUUUCCACUCUGCAUCCUAGGAUCAUCAAUUACGCGCGUGUGUAUACGUAUUAUUUCAAGAAUGUGUGUAAUGCAAAAAGAUAAACCAGAGACUAGAGUGCGAGUACCCUAACAACUCUGUCCAAGUGCACUCUAAAAUCAGUAAAAAUGCACGCAGUUACCAGCCUCUCAAUGGUCAGUUUGCUAAGUUUUGGCUACCUAUCCAUGGACUGGAUCAAGCCGAAUCAAGUGGAGGAGCACACUCAAAACGAUGCCUCUAUUACGUUUGAGCCUAAGCAACCACCACACAUUAUAUUCAUACUGACGGAUGACCAAGGCUUCAAUGACAUAGGUUAUCACAACCCGGACAUUCGGACUCCAACUCUGGACAAACUGGCCGCGGAGGGGGUGAAGCUGGAGAAUUACUAUGUUCAACCUAUCUGCACUCCGUCACGCAGUCAGUUGAUCACGGGCAGAUACCAGAUCCACACAGGUCUCCAGCACUCUAUCAUCCGGCCUCGCCAGCCCAACUGCCUCCCUCUGGACAUGACCACGCUCCCACAGCGGCUGCAGGAAGCGGGGUACGCUACUCACAUGGUGGGCAAAUGGCACCUUGGCUUCUACAGGAAGGAGUGUCUGCCCACGCGCCGAGGCUUCCACAGCUACUUUGGCUCUCUGACGGGCAGCGUGGACUACUACACGUAUGGCUCCUGUGACGGACCAGGCCUGUGUGGCUAUGACCUCCACGAGGGGGAAACCGUUGCCUGGGGCCGUGGAGGCAAGUUCUCUACCCACCUCUACACGCAGAGGGUACGCAAGAUCCUAUCCACUCACGACCCGUCCCGCCAGCCCCUGUUCAUGUUCCUCUCCCUCCAGGCUGUCCACACGCCCCUUCAGUCACCCAAGGCCUACAUCUACCCCUACCGCGGGAUGGGGAACGUAGCCAGAAGGAAGUACUCAGCCAUGGUGUCCAUCGUCGACGAGGCUGUGCGCAAUGUCACCUACGCUCUGCGCAAGUACGGCUACUACCGCAACAGUGUGCUCAUCUUCUCCACUGACAACGGUGCCCAGCCGUUCACUGGGGGGAGUAACUGGCCCCUACGAGGGCGUAAGGGGACCUACUGGGAGGGAGGGGUCCGUGGGGUGGGCUUCGUACAUAGCCCCCUGCUGCGUCACAAGCGGAGGGUUUCCAAGGCCCUCUUGCACAUCACUGACUGGUACCCAACCCUGGUUGGUCUGGCUGGGGGUAACGUGUCACAGACUGAGGGUCUUGACGGCUACAAUGUAUGGCCAACUAUCAGUGAGGGCAGGGAGUCCCCACGCCUGGAGAUCCUCCAUAACAUUGACCCACUCCACCGGCGCUCUGGCCUGGCGUCUGGGUCUGGACAGGAGGCCCAGCAUGUGUGGGACACCUCGGUCCAAGCUGCCAUCCGGGUGGGGGACUGGAAGCUGCUAACAGGGGACCCGGGCCAUGGAGACUGGGUCCCACCACAGGUACUGGCCAACUUCCCAGGCAGCUGGUGGAACCUGGAGCGGAACACUGAGGGAACAGGGAAGUCUGUGUGGCUCUUCAACAUCACAGGAGACCCCUAUGAACGCAGUGACAUGGCUGUGCAGAGGCCUGAUGUGGUCAAGAAGCUGCUAGAACGUCUGGCCUACUACAACAGCACUGCCGUCCCUGUUAGGUUCCCCACCGACGAUCCCCGGGCCAAUCCAGACCGCAACGGGGGGGCCUGGGUACCCUGGGUCGGGGGGGAUGAGGACGAGCCGAAAUGGAACGGGGUUUAUAAGAAAGGGAGGAAUAAAAAGAAGAAGAAAUGCAAGCUGUGCAAACUGAGAUCCUUUUUCAAGAAACUGAAUACAAGGAUAAUGUCCAAUAGAAUAUGAGGUGGGAAAGUCAAUGACACUCAGUCACAAGUAGCCUAUACAUUUUACACUGCAAGAGUAAUCUGAGCCAGCAAACGCGUUGUGUGUGACAAUGGAAAAUGAUGUUUACUAUACUGCAUCUCUUUGAGUGUGCUGUCAUAUGUUUUUUGGAUGUAGGACUAUUGGGUUCUAUUGUGUUUAUUAAAUGUUCUAUUUGAUCCACUUGUAGUGCGUAGCUAAGUGAAUUCAACAUGUUUAUGUUGACCUGUUUUUCUUUUCUAUAUUUUUGAAAAUAUCUAAGUAAAGAAACAACUGUUUUAAUUCAACAGAAGCUAAUGGGUGAUUCCUCGUGAACAAAACAAGCCCAUGAUUUUGGGGACUUUCAUAUCAUUUAAUCGAUAGAAGAGUCCUUUGGAGGAAGGAUUGUUGACAUGUAUUUGACAUUUGUAUCUUUUUUGGCCUUACCUGGGCCUCCUUUUAAAGCUGUGAUCCGCGAUAGGCAAAACAGAGCCAUUGGCCGCACCAAGCGAAUUUGUUUUGUAAAAAAACAUUUGUAAAUCAAAUCAAAUGUAUUUAUAUAGCCCUUUGUCCAUCAGCUGAUAUCUCAAAGUGCUGUACAGAAACCCAGGAUGCAGGUGUUGAAGCACGUUGGCUAGGAAAAACUCCCUAGAAAGGCCAAAACCUUAGAAGAAACCUAGAGAGGAACCAGGCUAUGAGGGGUGGCCAGUCCUCUUCUGGCUGUGCCGGGUGAAGAUUAUAACAGAACAUGGCCAAGAUGUUCAAAUGUUCAUAAAUGACCAGCAUGGUCAAAUAAUAGGUCAGGAAAAGGUAGCACGUCCGGUGAACACGUCAGGAGUCCAUAGCCGCAGGCAGAACAGUUGAAACUGGAGCAGCAGCACGGCCAGGUGGACUGGGGACAGCAAGGAGUCAUCAUGCCAGGUAGUCCUGAGGCAUGGUCCUACGGCUCAGGUCCUCUGAGAGAGAGAGAAAGAAAGAAUUAGAGGAAGCAUACUUAAAUUCACACAGGACACCAGAUAAGACAGGAGAAGUACUCCAGAUAUAAGAAACUGACCCUUGCCCCCCGACACAUGAACUACUGCAGCAUAAAUACCGGAGGCUGAGACAGGAGGGGUCAGGAGAUACUGUGGCCCCAUCCGAUGAUACCCCCGGACAGGGCCAAACAGGAAGGAUAUAAGUAGUACAUUCUAUAGUUUUCUAUCGCGCGUGCAAUGAUGUGCUGAUGUCUGAGGGAAAAAACAGUGUUCCCUGUUUAAAAACUUCUUUGCUAUUGUAAUAUUGCAAAUGGACAUUGCAGUUUCACCGUUAUCGAUUGCAGCUUUAAGACGUGUUAGUGUUUUACAGCUUUCUCUAAAAUAUGAGUAGUAUUUGGAGUUAAAUAAUAAUUGUCUUACAUUAAUUAAUGCAUUUUGUAAAAUAUAGACAUGUAAAAUGUACCAUUUUUGAUUUGGCAAAUUUUUCUAUUGUUGAACAUAAUAUAUUCAAUGGGCAUAUCUAAGUUCCAGAGUAGGAUCUUUGCUAGUUUUAAAGUAAUGGUCCAUUUUAAAGAGAAAUAUGUGCAUGUGAGGCAGGUUUCCAUUGAAGUUUAUACUACAAAGCAAAAGCUAUGUCGCAAAUAACACUGCAACAUGUGUAAUGGAAACUGCAGCAAUAGAAUAAAUGUUCUAAAGAUCAACAAAAUGUUUAUCCAUUUGACAGGGGUGGGUUUUUUUCUUUGGUUUUUCUUUGUUUAUUGCGACAAAUGAUGUAACCUGUGUUUUUUCGAAUACAUGAUUAUUGACGAAUAAUUUCGAAGGUACGUGGGGCAUGGUGAUGUCAUCACAUAACUACAGUGCCUUCAGAAAUUAUUCAUCACAUCCCUUGACUUUAAAAAAUAAAUAAAAAUUGUUACAGCCUGAAUUUAAAAUGGAUCAAAUGUAGAUUUGUUUUGUCACUGGCCUGCACACAAUACCCCAUAAUGUCAAAGUGGAAUUAUGUGUUUCUAGAUGUUUACAAAUAAAGGAAAAAUUUUAUCCCGAAAUGUCUUGAGUCAAUACGUAAUCCUACCCCUUUGUUAUGGCAAACCUAAAUACGUUCAGGAGUAAAAAUUCACAUAAGUUGCCUGUACUCCCUCUGUGUGCAAUAAUAGUGUUUAACAGUUUUUUAAAUGACUAGCUCAUCUCUGUAACCCACACAAACAAUUAUCUGUAAGUUCCCUCAGUCGAGCAGUGAAUUUCAAACAUAGAUUCAACCACAACGACCACUGAGCUUUUCCAGCGUCUAGCAAAAAAGGGCACCUACUGUUUUGUUACAUGGGUAAAAAUAAAAAUAUAUAUCCGUUUGACCAUGGCAAAGUUAUUAAUUACACUUCAUAUUGCUGUAUCAAUACACCUAGUCAAUACAAAGACACAGGCAUCCUUCCUAACUCAAUUGCCAGAGAGGUAGGAAACCGCUCAGGGAUUUCACCAUGAGGCCAAUGGUGACUUUAAAACAGUUACAGAGUUGAACUGCUAUAGGAGAGAAGUUAGAUGCUUCAACAACAUUGUAGUUACCCCACAAUACUAACCUAAUUGAAAGAGUGAAAAGAAGGAAGCCUGUACAGAAUUAAAAUAUUCCAAAACAUGCAUUCUGUUUGCAACAAGGCACUAAAGUAAUACUGCAAAAGAAAUGGUCUUGAAUACAGGUGUUAUGUUUGGGGCAAAUCCAAUACAACACUUACUGAGUACCACUCUCCAUAUUUUCAAGCAUAGUGGUGGUUGCAUCAUGUUAUGGGUAUGCUUGUAAUUGUUAAGUGGGGAGUUUUUUCAGGAUACAGAAGAAAUGUAAUGGAGCUAAGCACAGGCAAAAUCCUAGAGGAAAGCCUGGCUCGGUCUGCUUCCACUCGACACUGGGAGAUGAAUUCACCUUUCAGCAGGACAAUAAGCUAAAACACAAGGCCAAAUCUACACUGGAGUUGCUUACCAAGAAGACAGUGAAUGUUCCUAAGUGGUCUGGUUGCAGUUUUGCCUUAAAUUGGCUUGAAAAUCUAUGGCAAGACUUGAAAAUGGCUGUUUAGCAAUGAUCAACAACCAAUUUGACAGAGCUUAGAGAAUUUUGAAAAGGAUAAUUGGCAAAUAUUGAACUUUCCAAGUGUGCAAAGCUCUUAGACACUUACCCAGAAAGACUCCCCGCUGUAAUUGCUGCCAAAUGUGAUUCUAAUACGAAUUGAGUCAGGGGUGUGAAUACUUAUGUAAAUGAGAUAUUUCUGUAUUUCAUUUUCAAGAAAUGUGCAAAUAUUUCAAAAAACACAUUGAAACUUUUUCUUUAAGGGGUAUUGUGUGUAGAUGUGUGAUUGAAUCCAUGUUGAUUUCAGGGUGUAAUGCAACAAAAUGUGGAAUAAGUCAAGGGGUAUGAAUACUUUCUGAAGGCACUGCAUAAAGCUCAACUCCACAUAUGUAAAUGCCUACUGCUUGCUAAAUCUAUUUUUUAACUAUAUAUAUAAAAAAAUGUUUC